AUGGCGGACAAUUAUAAGUUCAUGUGUCCGCGUCCGCGGAGCUCCAAAGCUUGCGAUGCAUGUAGAAUGCGGAAAAUCAGGUGUAUACCUAACGAGAAAGGCGGCGGGGUAGACGCCUGUCGAAGAUGCGCAAAGCUUGGAUACACAUGUACAGUUAACGGGAGUCUCCAAUCGACGACAAAUGAAAAGAGCCCCGAGAAGCAAGUGGUGAAAGCUUCUACGCAUGAAGGUGACGAUGUUGUCUCAGGACUAUUUCGAAACCAGCCAAAAACAGAAGAAGAAGACGAGGUAAUGCAGCUACGCCAACUGCAUCGCGGUGUAUUGCAAGGCCGGGGUCUCGGCGAAGGGUAUCCUAGUACCCUAAUAGAUCCCAAUAUCAGCGUCGGUGAUGCUGUGGACUGUAAUUCUAGGUCUAGCAAGAUCAGCCUGAACAUGGAAGAGGCCGAACAGCUACUAUUGCAGUUCAGACAGCAAAGGGCCUACUUUCCAUUCAUCGAUGUGCUCGAGGGGACUACAGCGGCGUCAAUGGCAUCAUCUCAACCCUUCUUAUUACUAGCUAUUCUGACCGUAUCCUUGACGCGGAAGCCGCUUCUGCAAAAGAGGCUGGAUGAGCGAUUCCGCCGUGUACUAAGUGAAAGAGUUAUAUGCUAUGGUGCAAAGAGCAUGGAUUAUGUUCAAGGUCUACUGGUUUAUAUGGCGUGGCGUCCGUUACAUAUCCGACCGCUUAGUCGCCAGGGCUCGCAGUUCAUGCAGAUACUUGUGACUAUGAUAUCUGACUUGAAGCUUACGGAGAAGAUGCACGAUCAGGCUGCUCGAGACAUCUGCCUUGGGUGUUUUAGUCUUUCAUCCCUGUUAUCCGUUGGCUUCCGACGGCGUGGUGAUGACAUCGCAUAUAAGUAUCUCAAACAAGCGGUGGAUGCCAAACAGCGGUUAAACCAACCGUAUGACGAACAGUUUCAACUCUCGAAACUUCACGUCCUAUUUGAGAAGACAGUGCGCUGCCACAUAGAAUGUGGCCCUCUGAAAUGCUCAAUCACCAAACAACGGAAAGUCGAAGAGAAAAUGGAAUCUCUCCGCCUAGAACUACAGAUAUUUGAACGAGUACAUGGCCCCAGCACCACCUCCGACAUCUGUUUCCUAUCUCUUGCUUCUAUGAGCCCUAUAUGGACCGACUUCCAAAUCAAGACACGAUCAGGCAUGUUGAUCUAUCUCGAGAGUCUUUCUCAUCGAAUGUCGAGACUUUCCGUCACAAAGGCUGGAGAGACCCCUGAUGUAUUUUUUAUGUUCAAGUCGGUGUUGGAUAUCGUGCUCUCCACAUAUGCUCCGACCAGCGGGGACUCUUCAUCCCUAACGUCAACAAGCCGUAGGGGAAACGCUCUUGAGAGAGAGGAAACUGGCCGGGAUGUGGCUGCUACUUCGUCCACACCUUUGACCCGCUGCCCCAUGGUCAACGGGAGUAUCCGAGAGUCAGAGUUCUGGGAGGCCAUGAAACAGAGUGAUGUGUACCUAGAAGGGUUGACGAGCGGGGUGAACGGUGAGGAUGUGUACAAAUCGGGAGUAGAUAGUUUGCUCGCUGAUUGUGGGGAUUGGCCGAGCAUCUUUUCAGAAUGGGUCAACGUGUCAGUAAAUUAA